CUCCCAGAGUGCUAGGAUUAUAGGUCUGAGCCACUGCGCCCACCUCUCUUUCCUUCUUAACUAGCCCACCCAGGUCUCCAUCAGAUCAUAUGUGCUAUCCUGGUUCCCUCUCUGUGUCUCCUCCACAGUGCUCCCAUGUGUAAAUUGGGGUAGCAGGGUUAUAGUUCCCCUUCAUACCAUUUCCCCCCAGACAUGCUUUUAUAAAUGAGUUAAGCUCCACACUCCACGGGGUGAUGUUAGGUGGGCCCUUUGCACAGUGCCAUUUGUAAACAGCAUGGUUUUUAAAGAUUGAGAUGAAACCUGGAGAGGAAGCUGGUUUUUUCAUCUUCGAGAAAAUUAUUUGAGGCUUUAUCUAGUCCUUUGCUUUUCUCAACUAGGAGCUUCUCCAGCCGAUGGAGAGCAGAGGUGGACCAGCUCAGAGCUGAGGCUGGAGUCCUACAGUUGCUUUUCUGGAGGGUUUCUUAGAGUUGGAGAGCAUGGAGUAAUUAGGAAGAGGAAUCUGAUCCUUGAGGUCGUUGUGGAAGAAUUGGAGGAGCAACAUACCACCUGCUCCGUGUUUCCUUAAUGUGGUUCAUUGGCUUGUAAAGAGGAGACAUUUUGAUACAUCACCAUAAGAGAGCAAGUCAAGGUGAAGCCCUCCAUUGGAUGGUAAUUGCUUGGGAAGGGAAGAAGGGUCAAAGUGGUUGAACUUAAUGAUGCGAGAAGAGUGAUCAUGGGAAGAGAAUUAUAAAUCGAGCGAGAAAGGUUAGGCAAAGGUGAGGGACUUCAAGACAGCUAUAAAGAAAAUGAUUAAAAACGUAUCCUUGUAAGAAGAUGUCCAUCAGAGUAAGAAACAGAGACCACAAAGGAUAUCUUCAGAGUCCCAAUUCUUAAAACCGUGUAUAUGUUUUGUUUUCUGUAUAAUUAUUCACCUACUAAUAAGCAUAGAAGUGAUUUUUAUAAAGACCAAGUAACAAGUGCAAAUUAAGGUUGUCAGAUUUAGCAAAUGAAAAAUUCCAUGUGAUAUUUGGGACCUAUUUAGAGUGAAAAAUUAUUCAUUUUUCAUCUGUAAUUCAAAUUUAGCUGGGUCUCCUGAAUUUUAUCUGGCAACAUUAGUAUAAACCUAUGCAAGGAAGGGAACCAGCCCCUGCUUGAUGAAGGAACAGCCUCUGGGAUACUACGCAGCUUUAACUCUCCUUAUAGAAGACCCUUCUCAGUAACAGUCCUCAUUAUUAUAAAACCAUCUGGAGGGCUGGGUGUGGACCUAGAGGUGGGUAAAGGCUGCAGCAGAUUUUCUGCUUCUAAGUUCAUGUUGCCAAAUGCCCAGUUCUCAGAGGUCAAUGUGGAAGACUUCUGUGGGCUGGAACAUGUUUCUUUGAUUGGUCCAGGGAACAGGGCAAGAGGAGGAUGGAGCAGGUACAGGCAAUGAGGUAGAGAAAAAGACAUGCAUCUAUAAUGCCCUGGUAUUUUGUCUUUGAAGAGAAAACAUGGAGAAAACAUCAAGUCAUACGAAAUUGACAGGAGCAUGUAUUAAUGGGAUUAGGAUUGGAUAAGAUUCUGUGUCAGGUCAGCCGGAGUUCACGAAUGCUUCUUGCAGAUGCGGGGACUGUUUUCUACUUAAUAAUGAAAUGGACUUGGGAUACCAGAUGGGAGGGAGGUAGCCACUCCUCAUAAGUGAGUUUCCCACUGGAAAAUGUUAGAGAUGGGGAGAUAGGGGGCUCUCUAAGUGGGAGAAAAGAGCCAUGCAAGAUAUCUAGGGGGCUGUGAAGACCAGAAUCAAAGUCUGUGCUUUAUUUCAAAGGAAGUGGGAGUCACUCUGUACUUUGGAGAGACUACAUGCAAAAGGAGUCUGGUAAUUGGUGAAGAGAUCUUUGCAGGCAGCCGUGGCAGAGAGGAUACCUAAGGGGAGAGGGUGGGGGCCUAGUGGCCAGGAAUCUAGCAAAAGGAAAUCAUUUUUCUGCAUAAGGUAUUCUGCCAUUCAACAUGCACCAACCAACCCUUUACUGAGGGCUUUACCACCUGUGGCCAUGGAGGCUCCAGAGAUGAGUUAAUUCUGAUUUCUGCCCUCAAGGGAUUGACAGUCUAGCAGGAGAGAGCAGUAAACAGAGCAACUCUAGAGUUUUUAUCUCUGACAGAAAGGAAGCAUUGGCCCAUAGCAACUCUUCCAGGCCAGGUACUGUCUUUUCUUGCCUGGAUUCAUGUGACAACCUCCUCAUCCCUCUCUCUGCCUCUGCCCAGCUGGCCUUCUGGAAUAUUCUCCUCCUUGAAGCCAGUGUAAUUUUUCUAACAUGGAAAUUACACUGUUCACACCACUCCUCUGCACAAAGCCCUUCAAGGGCGAAGCCCAAACCACUGCCUCCCAAAAGCCCUACUUCUUCAGCCCCUGUUCAGUUUCCCACUUUCCUCACACUGGUCCCAGGCCCACCAAACCUGCAGCCAAGAAUGAACUUGUUUAAUCCACUGACGUGGCAUCCCCCGUCUCGACUACGGACCUUUGCACUUGCCGUUUCCACUUGCUGGAAUCUUGUCUUCCAGGCUCAUUUUACAGUGACUUCUUCUGGAAGCCCUCCCUAACCUCCCUAAGCCUCUCAGGAGGCUUCUCCCAGCUCCCGGGGACUUGGCCAGUUUCCUGCCACACAUGCAACUGCCUGCUGCUUCCUUGUCCCACCGCUGCACCUAGCAUGACACCUGGCUCAGUAAGCCAUAUUUGCAAAUCAACCCCUGUGCUAAAUUAGACUUUUUCAGGGUGCAGGAAGAGACUUGCCCAGGAUAUCUCUGGAGAUCAGGGUUUAUCAAAAGGAUCUUGGCGAUGCACAGGCAGCCAUUUCAGCAACUCAGAGCUCCCGAGGGCAGGUGAUUUAUCAAGAAAGCCUUUGCACUAAGGAGGAGUUUUGAGCAGAGUGUUAAAAGAUGAAUGGGUGUUUGCCAAGAGACCAAGGCAGGGAAAGGGAGAGUUGCAGACAUGCCUGAGCCAAGGGGCUGCUCACAGUUGUCACUUCUUUUGUUCAACAUCUACAGCCCCUGAUUAUCAGGAAAGGUUGGGAACCGUACAUCUCCUGACCUACAACCUCUCAGCCAGGUGGUAGGUUACCAUGAAAGCAAGUCCUUGACUCCCACCCAGAGGCAGAGUGGGUAUUUUAGCAAGCAGGCAUGGAACUAAUGCCACAACUUGCUUCAUCAGUAAGUUUGGCAAUGACGUCUCCAUUGCUUGCUCUUGUAGGUGCUUUAAUCCCAGUAGGUUCACUCGGAAGCACAUGCAACAGUACUCUGAAGGAAGACUCUCCCGACUGUAUCAACGGGCCCAGUGACCUAAUCCUCCACUCACUGGGAGGACCCCAGCCCCAUCUCCACAGCUAAAGCUAACACUCAGAGGUGUUCAGGAGCUGUCUGCCCCCACUUCUUACAGCUCAGGAUGCAAAGACAGAAGUGCCUGUAUAAACCUUUCUAAGCAACUUAUCUUAAAUCUCUCAUUUCACAGAUGAAAGAAAUAUUUUUAACUUCCACUUUGGUAACUACAGAACCUUUUGUGGCAGAUUUGGAUAAUGGCAUUUCCAGUGUUCGCUGCAGCUGCAGAGGCAGCUGUGGAACGUAGACUCCUGAUAAGUGUCCUUUACACGUAGCUCGUGGCUUCUUAGAUGACGGUUGACAUCACUUGACAUCACGCAGUCUGUAUCAAAAUAUCUAAAGUAAAUGUCAAACAAUAUGACGAGUGGGUAGGGACACUCCAGGCAAGGUGACAGCCAUCAGAAAAGCUCAUGAGUGAAUUUAUGUGUACCUUUUUCUUAGUUGGCAUGAGUUAAGCCCAUGUAAAUAGAUGCCUGGGAAUAUAAAUGUUAGUGAUUCUUUUACAUUAAGAGCUAUGUGAGUAAUUUGAUGUCUUUCUUCAUCUGUUCAAUGAAAAUAAUAAUGGUGUCUGCCACAUGGGAAUUUUCAGGGAGGACUAAGAGAGAAUAUAAGAGCUUAACAUGAUGUCUGGUACAUAUUAAAUGUCCAUCAAAUGUUAGCUGUGGUUCUUUUUAUUGUUGUUGUUGUUAAUAUGGGGCUACUAAUAGUUGUUUCCCCAGUGCCUAGCUGUGUACCUGGUUCAUAGUAGGCACAUGAUAAGUAGUUGCAGGAAUUCAUGCAUUUAGAAGUCUCCUGCUUUAUACCCAUUCAUUGAACAAAUAUUUAUUGGGCACCUGUAUGUGCUAAGUGCAGUGCUAGACCCUAGGAAUAAAAUAAUAAACAAGUCCACAUGACCUUCCCCUUAAAAGAGCUCACAGUCUACAAAGGUAAGCAGAUAGGUGAAUGGGCACCAAGGAGGGACCUGAAUUAUAUUCCAGGGGAGGGUCAGGCUGGGUCCCUGGAGAAGGUGAUGUCUAAGCUGAGUUCUAAGAGAUGAGCAGGAAUUGGCCAGAUGAGGGUGGUUAGAGUGUCCACAGGCCAAGGUAAGAACCUGUCUUGUUCUGUACAGUUUUGAAUAGGUAGUUUAGUUCAAGACAUCUCCUAGAGAUGCUUAUAGAUGCCUGGAGACUAUAGCUAAGUUUUAAAUUUUCUCAUAUGCUACUACACAAAUAUCAUUUAUGUUUUCUGUUUGUAAAAGAUGGGAAUGGAAGAAGAUAUUGCCACCAAGUCUGGAUAAUGGGAAAUGGAGAGAAUUUUCUUCUGUCUCUGUCUUUUUGGUCUUCUGGUUUUUGUUAAUGUGAUUUAUGCUAAAACCAGAAAUGUAGGCUUUUCUCCCUGAGUUUCUAAUGUUUAUUGAACGUAUUGAAGGCUACAAGUAAUGGCUUGUAGCCGGAAAGUAUCCAGCCAUGUAACCAUUCUUGUUACAUUAACAAUGGCUGGACACUUUCCAGACAGCCCUCAUAUGUCCUUUUUGCUUCUACCACGUUUUUCAAACAGCAGUCUUGAUGAGACUCCAUUGCACUGGAGCUCCAGGUUGUGUGUGGUGGUUGCAGGAAUGAGUGGUGGACAAAGGGUGAGAGAUUGAACAAAUCCUUCCAUGAUCUUCUGGCUCUUUUGCUGUAUUAUUCUUUGGAAUGGGGAUUAAAAUCACAUGAGGCAGUAUUUGCAGCAUAAUAGCAAGUCACUGGGGAAGCCACCAAUGGGGAGAAGCUGACCUUUGUCCAAGUGCUUCAGCUGUCCUAGGAUCAACUUUGACGUCCCUUUCACUGGGCUCAGGCUCCCAGUAUUAAAUUGUUGUUUAUUUCAGAAUUCCUUUCACUGGGCAUGGGCAUUUGAAGGCUGUGUCAACUCCCACCCAAACCCCUGCCUCAACAAGACCACACCUUCAACUCAGGUGUUACUAGCAAAAAAUCUAAGGACUUACAUGUUCACGUGCUCCAUUUAUGCAGAGAUUUACUUAACAAUGAUUUACUGAAUAUCUACUAUAAGCACAGUACUGUAAGAAAUGAGGGAAAGAGAAAGGAUGAUUUUAAUAAAUUUUUUUCGAUAGCUUACAGCAAGGUUUCUCAACCUCAGCACUAUUUACAUUUUGGACUGGAUAAUCCUUUGUUGAGAGGGACUAUCCUGUGUGUUGUAGGAUGGUGAGCUACCCAGGCUCCUCCCCCCAGUUUUGACUGUCAAAAAUACCUGCAGACAUUGCCAAGUGCUCCUGUGACAAAGGGUACAAAAUAGCACCCAAUUGAGAAUCACUAGCUUAUAAUCUUAGACAUCCUAAACACCAUCCUAGACAUACUAGACACAUCCUAGACAUCCUACACUUCCUAAUUUAAGGGCUCUUAAGGAAGAUGGCUUGAAUAUAAGAGUAGGAAAUGUUAAAUAACUUGCCCACAGUCCCAGUGGUAAUAAAUGUGGGAUUUGGAUUUGAAACCUAAGUCUUUCUUAUUCCACUACAUCUCCAGACUGCCAUACAACACUUGAUUCGAACCCCAAAGGAAUUUCAGACCUGGCUGGAGAGAUGUGAUGUCAGCCACAUAAGUUCCAGUGUGUUCUCUGGAGAAUAAGUGGGGAGAGUGCUCAGAAGAGAGAGGUAACAGUGGGCUAGGUAGUCAGGGAACACAUCCUGCAGAGAUUUGAACAUUCUUUGCAUAUUUGUGGGUCAGCAGUGUGAGUUUGUGCUGAGGGGAGGUAAGAUUUGAGCAGACAGCGUUGGGUAGCAGUUAAGAGCAAGCACUGGUUCCAAAUGGACUCCAUUUGAAUUCCAGCUCCUCUUCUUCUUAGUUUUGUGACCAUGAGCUAGUUAGGUAAUGUCGUGACCCAGUUUCAUUGCCUGUAAAUGGAUUGGUAAUAAUAGUACAUACUCUUAGAUUGUAAUGAGGAUUUAAUGAGCUAAUAUGCAAAGGACUAGAAUAGAACUCAGCAUCCCAUAAGUGCUCAAUAGUUGCUAUUCAGUACUUGAUUCUGUUGGACUUCAAAUAGAGUUUAGAAUCUAUACUGUAAAUAAUGGCAGCUUUUGAAUCAAGACCUGCAAAGAUGUUCCACAGGUACCAGAAUUCCCCUUCCUGUGUUCAUGGCAAGAUCACAAAUUUGGAUCAGAAAUCAAUCUCUGGUUCCAUGAACUGUUCUGUUCCUAGGAUACUAGUGUUAAAUGGCUCAGCCCCUCUGUGGGGGAAAGAGGCAUGGGCAUCUGUUCAAACAUUCAUUCACUCAUCCAUCCAUUCAAUCAACAUUUUACUGAAUACCUUUUUAAUUCUGGCCAGCAGGUUUCUAUUAACCACAUCUGGAUCACCAAUAAGUCACCACUCUACCCAUGUGUUAGCUGUACAUUUAUUGGCUAGAAUUGUCAUUGUUUAGUUUUAGGACCAUUCAAAGUUAUUUUUUGUGGGUUGCAUUAAAAUCCUGAGGUUUCUUCUCGUGCUUUGGUUGGUGCCACUGCUGGGCUUUGUAUUUAUGGAGAGCUGAUGGCCCUGGAUGUGGGUGGGGAAUCUUCUUCUGGGAAUUUCCGCUUUCUUCCUCUCUCCAGCGCUUUAUAGCUGCAUAAGGUUUAGAUCUGUUAGCAAACACUUGUAUAAUUAUGCCCCUCUCUGUUUAUAGAUUCAGGAUAAAUUGUCCUAAUGGGAAAAUAUCUGUCCUUCAGAGUAAUUUGGAUCAGGCUUUUUUUAUUUUUUGUGUGUGGUUUACUUGCCUUUCUAAAAAUCAUUUUGAUGUCUGUUUCACCCAUGAAUCAUCUAUUGUUGAUAUACAACAGCACUCAAUAAACCUCAUUAAAAAAUCUUGUCUUGAUCUAAAAGUAGUUGACAUUGAGAAAAUAUGUGACCCAUCCGUAUGCUUUCUCAUGGAUGCUAAAUUUUAAAAAAAUGUUGGAUUUUAAGACUCUGAGGGGACAUAUGAUAAGAGGCCCAUAGAAAUGACUGGCCAAAGCCGUGACCACCAACGUGCUGGAAGACCACAGUUUGGCUCAGCGUGUCCUAGGCAUCAGUCGUAGUGUGUUUGUAUUCAUUCAUUCUAGAGUCACAGGAGACCUGCUUUGCAAGGUUAGAUUAUAGAAGAAUAACUAAAUUUUUAGAACUGAUGAAAUAGGGAUGACUCUUGAUUGGAUUCUUCAGCUUUGUGGGAGAGAGCAAUGCACCCUCCCUAUCAGAAAGUGAACAGAGUCCUUCUCUUAUUCUGUUAUGCUGGGAAAGGACACUUUUGUUCCACAGGCAAUGUAAACCUGUGGAAGGUUUGGUUUUUAAUCAGUUUGGGCCCAUAAUUAUGCAUAAAUGCUUCUUUUUGCAAUGUUUCUUCCCUCCGAAUAGCUAGAAAUACUUAAUGAUAAGAGGCAGUGGGGUAAUGAUUAAGCACACCCUUUUGAGUCAGACUAAGUGGGUUAGAAUUGGGACUCCAACAUUUACUAGCUGUGUUACUUAAGCUCUUUGUGACUCAGUUAUUCAGUUCCUUGUGUUACAAUAAGGCUAAUAAUUAUUCCCACUUCACAAGGCUACUGUAAAAAAAAAAAAGAAAGAUGGAUAACAUACAUAAUGUACUUAGCAUAGUGCCCAACGUAAUUAUAGCAAGAGCUUAAUAAUUCAUAGCUAUUAUUAUCAUUAUCAUCAACUAAUAUUUAUGCCUACUAAACAAAAAACAAUGUAUCCUAUACAUAGAAACAAUAUAUAGAAGUGAAUCUAUGAAAUAUACUUAUCAUCUGUCUAUAUUGGGCACAUUCUUAGAGGUACCCACUCCAAUAAAAAAAGAAGGUCCAGUAUUUUAGGGGAAUGUUGCAUUCUCAUUGCACCUUGUUUAUGAGUUAGGAAACAUAAAGGUUCAGGAUCUCUACUCCCUGAACCUCUUAUUGGUGUAAUAACUGAAGAAUGCUGUAGUUCUAGAAGGAAAUGGAAGGAGUGCUCUACCCUCACUUCUGCCUAAUCAUGCAAGACCACCACUUAGGACGUAGUCUGACAGAUGGAGACAGCACAGUGAUGUCAAACAAGGCUAAGGUCCCAGUGAGUUAAGAUUAGGAUUAAGCAAGUCUUCAUAUCAGACCCAAAUUCUCAUGUUAUAUUUUGAGUCCCUUACCUCUUCUAGCCUCUGAAGAGAUGAAGAACAGCUGGUCAAUAUCCUCUUUAUAAUAACCCUUCAAGUAGGAAAAGAUUGUUAAGUUUGUCUUUAGGCACUUUUUCACUGUAGACUAAACAACUCCAAAUCCUCUAACCUUCCCUCAUAGGUUCUAUUUUCUGUUUCUUUAAUCAUUUAGGUUCUCCUUUGGAACCUUUCCAGUGUCUCCACAUCUUCCUUAAAGUAAGGGGCCUCAGCCUGGAGAUACCCCCUCAGCAGGAGUCUGUCUGCCGCCAAAUUCUUUCUUAUGGGGUAGGGAGAAGAGGAGGCACUUCCCUCUCGUGUCAGACUCCCACCAAUGUGAAUUCACCCCAGCACUGCGUUGCCCAUUUCUUAUCAGUACAACAUGCGGAUGGAUGCCUAUUAAAUGCACGAUCUGCUGUGAGCCUCACCUCUUUGUCAGUUUUUCUUGCAUCUAGACAUUAAGGCCUAUUUGUGCCUGUCAUUUUGAUCAUGACCCCUGAGGAUACUACUUUGUAAUCAGCCAUCAUGCUGAACUCUAAACUGUUCUUAAUGACCCGUUUCCUUAAUGUAUGGAAGCUACUUUGGAUUCUCUCAGCGUUAUCAGCAGUUCCCACUCAAAUUAAUGGUAUUUGUAGACUCUGCCUGUGCAUAUAGCAAUCUCAAGUAUUAUUUAAAACAGACCCAGGAUAAAAUCGUAGACCACAUUUUAAGUAUCCCUUUGUUUACUGAGCCAUUGAUCUCUUUUCCAGUCAGCAGUGAAACCUGGUUAGGGAAAAGCCGGACUAGAUCAUAUCUUUUGGCCUGCUGAUGAGAAUGACAUACGCAUGCAAACGCUUUCCUGAAAUUAAGGUAUUAUACAGAUGUGGUCAAACGUUUAAUUCCCAGUACAUACACAUCCUAAACUGAGCUUAGGCAACAAAGAUGGGGAAGGGGCAGAAUAUUUAUUUGCUUUAUAUUGAAAACCAUAGAUAUACUUUAAACAGCAUUAAUUUACACACUUAUGUGUAAAUUAAUUAUGUAUAUGUACCUGAUUGAAUACGUAUCAUCAAUUAUGUACCUGAUUGAAGGAGUGGAUAAUGUUAGAAUCUAAAACAUUAGGAAACUGUCAGUGGAAAAAGCACUCAGAAAGGAAGAAAAAGAGUAUUUCUGAAAUUAUUACAAAAUUAUUCAAUUUGAACCUAAUUCCCAGAAGACUUAUCAUAUACCCAGAUGCCACAUAAAAGGAUGCUAAUGAAUCUAUCAGGACUAUCACCCUUUGGCAGAAAAGCAGGAAGGGGGAAGGAGCUAUCGUGCAUUGAGACCUUUAUAAUAUUUGUAAGCCGGACACUUUCUAUUAGAGAGUUCUAAUACCUUGGCGUUUUCUAAAAUCAUCAGCUGAGUCUGCGGUGACACAGGAAUUGCAGUGUUUUGAGGACUGCUUGCAAAGCUUAUUCUCACUUGGGCACAUGCAGUGUUCUCCUAAAUUCCACAAGGUAUUGUUGGUUGCAGUACCCACAUCUCUUUCAGAUAAACUUUAUCUUGGGGUUUUGUUUCCUUUCAGUAGUUCCAAGGGAGGCAUGCCAUGGGUUGGCUGGCACUCCUGCCUGUUUCCGGGUUGGCUGUUGCACCGACCUGAAGGAAGCAAGUGGGGGUAAUUCCAGGACUGGGUAAUUAUGAUGAUUAUUUACUGUGUGCUCUUGGGCUGCUCUGGAGAGUGGGCAGAUUUCCAGCCUGGGCUUGACAUGGGUUGGCCUCUCCUGGGCUCUAAUUACCCAUUCAGUGGCAGUAAUGGUACUGGGAAUUGAAGCCUUCUUUUGCCUCCUCCACUAUAAUUAAUUGCUUCAAAUUCCACCAGACCUGUCCGUUGCAAAGCUCAUUGACUUUUAGGGGCUGCUAGAUGCCCACAAACGUAACUUGGAGACAGAGGGCUGCAGUGGGACCGGGGCAAGAGUCUGGUACAAACCCCAAGGAGGAGGGUGAGUGUGUGCCUGUCUGUGCAAGUCUGGGAGGGCGGCCCAGGGCUCUAGUGAGUAUGUUUGCGCUGAGAUUUGUGCCACUCAGCCUCAGGAGCUCUGUAUACCUCUAGCUCAGCUCCCUGGGAACACCACCUUGGAUGCCUUUCCAAGCCAGGUGAAAAUGUGUUCUGAGCAGAAGUUCCGCAGCGGUUUGAGGUUUGGCACCAUGAUGCUUUUUACUUUUCAACAAGUGUUAGGACUGGCAAAAUGGAAUAACAUACAACUGAAGUUUCUGAAAAGCACUGAAACGUGGGGUGACUCCCCCUCCCUCUGCCAGCCCCCUCUCCUGCUUUAAGAAAAGCAAACACUCUUUUCCUGUCUUAUUUGUAUUCCCAUUAAUUUAAGACAGGAAGCCUCAGUGGGUGUGAUGUAAACAAUCGAGCCUCGUGGGUCAGGCUUCCUCAUCAGUUUGCAGCUGGAGAGAUGGCUGCAAGGCCCAGGCCCCUUCCGGCCUCUGGGGGACGACUUGCUGACUGAACCCCGCUGAAGGUGGGAGGGGCGGGAGAAGGUGUAGAGGAAAUGCUUAAGUUGUGCAGUCACCAGCGACCGUAAUGCAGCGGUGGUACACUCGGUUGCUCCAGCAGAAAGACUCUGACUGUAGAUUUCUGGAAAGUUCCCUGAUUGUAACUGGGUGCUCCCCCUACCCUCCUCAAGAACCCACGCUGCUGCUAAUUAGGUUACGAAGUGAAUUGAUGCCGGGGGUGGAGCUCCUCGCGGAGGGGGAACUUUUAAGCCGGGCGUGGGUACUGGGCUUGGCGGGGCGUUUUCCCCUCGCGCCCGCUCGACCGCAGGAGGCUCCGGAGCCCUCGGUGUAAACAAAGGUGUCCGAAUAAUGCGAAGCCCCGAACCCCCUGAAGUCCUCCCCUGGGCGGUUUCCUUUUCCCGGCGAGGGGAGUGACCGGGGAAGGGAUUCUGGAAUGCCGUGGAGUUUUGACAAGUGAGCAGGGAGUGACGAGCCGAGCUGGGAUUACAUUACAGUCUUUUCAUAACCUCCUCGGCCGGGGCUGGGAGGCAGGCGGGUCCUCCCCAGACCUGUAGCCGGCGGAGCCGAGCCUCCUCCGGGAAGCCCUGCGGGAGCGGCGCGCGGCAGGCGGCCCGUCCCGGUCCCGGUCCCGGCCGGCAGGUGGUCAGGCCCCGGCUCGCCCGGGCGGCUUAAACCCCGCCGAGCGGAUUACCCGGGCCAGCUGCUCCCCGCGAGACCACGAGAGCCAGCGAGCGGAGAAGUGGGGUCGGGAGGAGCCCUCGGAAGGUGACUUCAAAACUGGAGUUACCUGGCUGAGCAGUGCUGGAAUGGCGGCUUUAUCUACCUGAUCAUGCUGCGUCGCUUUAAGCACAAAGCCCAUUCUACUUAUAAUGGCAACAGUAGCAACAGCUCUGAACCAGGAGAGACACCUACCUUGGAACCGAGUGACCAAACUGGGAAAAAGGGGAAAAGAACGAGAAAAUUCGCGGUCAUUUCCAGGCCUCCUACCAACAAGGCCCCUGAAGAAUCCAAGGGCAACGCUGGCUGUGAGUUUGCCAGUGACCCCAGCGCUGAGCUGGAGAACGGCCCAGACCCUGAGCUUGGAAAUGGGCAUGCCUUUCAGCUAGAAAAUGGACCCCAUCUAGAGAGGUCAGAAGUGGCCAGAGGGACAGAGCAUGGAACUCCAAAGACAGAUGCUCCUCUGACCACAAGCAAUGACAAACGCCGCUUCUCAAAAGGUGGGAAGACGGACUUCCAGUCAAGUGACUGCCUGGCACGGGAGGAAGUUGGCCGGAUAUGGAAGAUGGAGCUGCUCAAAGAAUCGGAUGGGCUGGGAAUUCAGGUUAGUGGAGGCCGAGGAUCAAAGCGCUCACCUCACGCUAUCGUUGUCACUCAAGUGAAGGAAGGAGGUGCCGCUCACAGGGAUGGCAGAUUGUCCUUAGGAGAUGAGCUGCUGGUGAUCAAUGGUCACUUACUGGUCGGGCUCUCCCACGAGGAAGCUGUGGCCAUUCUGCGCUCAGCUACUGGGAUGGUGCAGCUGGUGGUGGCCAGCAAGGAAACCUCUGCAGAGGACCUCCUCAGGUUAACAUCUAAGAGUUUGCCUGAGCUGACCAGCUCCAUAGAGGACGUGUCCUCUUGGACCGACAACGAGGACCAGGAGCCAGACGGAGAAGAGGACGUAGGAAGCGGCCCGUCUUCCCUCCGGGGGGCGAUGCCUGGGACAGAUGAGCCCCAAGAUUUGCAUGGCACCGACGACUCCAAGGGGAACGUGGAAAGUCCCAAACAGGGCAGCAGUAAAACAAAGCUCAAGAGCCGUCUCUCGGGGGGUGUACACCGACUAGAGUCUGUCGAAGAAUAUAAUGAGCUGAUGGUGCGGAAUGGGGACCCCCGUGCCCGGAUGCUGGAGGUCUCCCGAGACGGCCGGAAGCACUCGCUGCCCCAGCUGCUGGACUCCUCUAGAACAUCACAGGAAUACCACAUAGUGAAGAAGUCUACCCGCUCCUUAAGCACUACUCAGGUGGAAUCUCCCUGGAGACUCAUCCGGCCAUCCGUUAUCUCUAUCAUCGGGCUGUACAAAGAAAAAGGCAAGGGCCUUGGCUUUAGCAUUGCUGGAGGUCGAGACUGCAUUCGGGGACAGAUGGGGAUUUUUGUCAAGACCAUUUUCCCAAACGGAUCAGCUGCAGAGGAUGGAAGACUUAAAGAAGGGGAUGAAAUCCUAGAUGUGAAUGGAAUACCAAUAAAGGGCUUGACGUUUCAAGAAGCCAUUCAUACCUUUAAGCAAAUCCGGAGCGGAUUAUUUGUCUUAACGGUACGCACAAAGUUGCUGAGCCCGAGCCUCACGCCCUGCUCGACUCCCACACACAUGAGCAGAUCCGCCUCCCCGAACUUCAACACCGGCAGGGGCCCCUCAUCGGGUGGCUCUGACGAAGGCAGUUCUUCAUCCCUGGGUCGGAAGGCCCCUGGGCCCAAGGACAGGAUCGUCAUGGAAGUAACUCUCAACAAAGAGCCAAGAGUUGGAUUGGGCAUUGGUGCCUGCUGCUUGGCCCUAGAAAACAGUCCUCCAGGCAUCUACAUUCACAGCCUGGCCCCGGGAUCCGUGGCCAAGAUGGAGAGCAACCUGAGCCGCGGAGAUCAAAUCCUAGAAGUGAACUCCGUCAACGUUCGCCACGCUGCUUUAAGCAAAGUCCACGCCAUCUUGAGCAAAUGCCCCCCAGGACCUGUUCGCCUUGUCAUCGGCCGGCACCCUAAUCCGAAGGUUUCCGAACAGGAAAUGGAUGAAGUGAUAGCACGCAGCACUUACCAGGAGAGCAAAGAGGCCAAUUCCUCUCCUGGCUUAGGUACCUCCUUGAAGAGUCCCUCUCUUGCAAAAAAGGACUCCCUUAUCUCUGAAUCUGAACUCUCCCAGUACUUUGCCCACGACGUCCCCGGCCCCUUGUCAGACUUUGUGGUGGCCGGCUCUGAGGACGAGGAUCACCCGGGAAGUGGCUGCAGCACGUCGGAGGAUGGCAGCCUGCCCCCCGGCCCCCCCACUCACAAGGAGGCGGGAAAACCCAGGGCCAACAGUCUCGUGUGUCUGGGAAGCCCAAGGGCCUCUGGGCUCUUCCACAAGCAGGUGACGGUCGCCAGACAAGCCAGUCUCCCCGGAAGCCCCCAGGUCCUCCGAAACCCUCUCCUCCGCCAGAGGAGGGUGGGCUGCUACGAUGCCAACGAUGCCAGUGACGAGGAAGAGUUUGACGGAGAAGGAGACUGCAUUUCACUCCCGGGGGCCCUCCCGGGUGCCAGCAGGCCUCUGUCAGAGGAUGACUCUAGGCACCUCUUGACGACCUCUUCCAAGGUCAUGGGUGUCCACAACCAAGAGGAGCAACCUCGGAAAACGCUGGUCAGCAAGGCCUGCUCAGCGCCUCUCAUCGGCAGCUCCGUGGACCUGGAGGAGAGUGCCCCAGAGGGUACGGCGGACACUCCUUCCCACACCGCCAAGCCCAUGGACUCUGCAGAGGCCCCCAAGGCGGGCGCCGGGGGCCUGUGGAAGAAGGAACUGUCAGGGUCGAGUAGUUUGCCCAGAUUGGAAUACAAAGCCCAUGCAGGCACCCAGAGUCCCAUGAGCACAGAGAGCCCCAGUUCCCCCCAGCAGAAGAGUGAAGGCCUGGCGUCCAGGCACAGACCAGUGGCCAGGGUCAGCCCCCACUGCAAGAGACCCGAGGCCGAGGCCAGGCCCAGCGGCUCAGGGACAGUCAGCCUGACCAGCAGAGCCAAGGAUCCAUGCAAUCUGGACUUGAAAAUCCAGGCCACGUCCAUCAAAGUGACCGUCCCUGGGUUUCAGCCAGGUGGAACCAUGGAGAAGGAAUCCCUGGGAAAGCCGACCACUGCAGAUGCUCGUGCCCCAACCAACAGUGGGCCAGCCAGUGCUCUGUCCCACCCGGACACCGGACACCUCACAGAGAACCUGCCCAAAGCUACACCAGAGAAGGGGCAACAACUCAUGACUGGACUGGACAGCACCCCAGACCUCGUCCCUCCCCCGGGGAAGAAGGGGGCCACACACCCUGACCCCAGCAAGACGUCAGCAGGUGCAGAGCAAGUCGGCCAGCCUGUGUCACCCGGGGGCUCCAGCCCCCAGAGUAGAUCGCCAGUCAGAAUGGCCCGAGAGGGCAGCACGUCCCCAGGGGAGAAGGCAGCGGCCCCUCCUGACUGCAGCAAGGCUGCUCCAGAAGACAGCUUGCCCCACAGCACCAGGAGCGCGGCCACUCUCAGGGGACCGGGACCCGGGGCAGAGGGAGUGACACCAGCUAGUACCAUCCUGUCACGAGACCUCCUCACAUCCCAGGAAAAGAGACAGGGAGCUCCCAGUAACCACAGCGAGGCUUUGGAAACGACAGGAAUCCGUGCACCCGGAAACUCCCGGGAGUCUGCUCUGCUGGAGGGAACAGAUUCUGUGCCCACAAGGACACCGCAGGCCAGCCUCUCCCUGCCCAGAUCCGCUGACACGGCCAAAGGAGCGUGUGGCAGUGCCUCGGGGCACUGCUGCCCAGGGGGGAGUGGAGAGAGCCCUGUGACGGACAUCGACAAACUCAUCAGGGAUCUGGAUGCUUCUGAGGCAAGUUCUGCGUCUCCCCAGAAAGGACAGCGUGGGAGUCCGGAGGGCAGUUCUCAGGGCCACCCGCCAGCUGGAGCUGGAGGCGGGAGCUUCCGCCAGGCCGAGCCCAUCGCGGUCACGGGGGGCCAGGCGCCCUCCCCGAGGAGGGCCCGGGCUGCGGGUCCCCUCCCUCAAGCACAGUGGGCCUCCCAGGCUUCAGUUUUGGAUUCAAUUAAUCCUGACAAACAUUUUACUGUGAACAAAAACUUUCUGAGCAACUACUCUAGAAAUUUUAGCAGUUUUCAUGAGGACAGCACCUCCCUCUCGGGCCUGGGCGACAGCACAGAGCCAUCCCUCUCUUCCAUGUACGGGGACGCUGAGGACUCGUCUUCUGACCCCGAGUCGCUCACUGAAGCCCCGCGACCUUCCGCCAGGGACAGCUGGUCACCUCCUCCCUCCCAUGGCUCUUCUCACAAGCAAGAGGCUCCGGAGUCCGAGGAGGAGCAAAUUGAAAUCUGUUCCACGAAUGGCUGUCCCGAUCGGCCCUCGAGUCCUGCUCCUCCUCCCGCCCAGGCCGCCCCCUGCCCCGCCUCGGCCAGGGUUCUGCCCCUGAAACACAGCGCCCUGCGAGAGCCGGGGCAGCGUCCGCGUGAGAGAGCCACCGUCUUGCCAGGAGCCUCUUGUGCUUCGAUCCCGGACUCUUCCCCGCCGUUUUCACUCUUGGACACAAGCUCUCAGGAGCACAAAACUCACGCGGACACGAACACUUCCCAGAAUCACAGGCCACAGGCCUUAUGUGCAGGGGAAACAGUGGAAGUCACCAGCACUAGCUUGGCCAUGGAAAACAGUCCACCUUCUAACGUCACCAGACGUCUCUGCAAGCCCCCGGUCACUCUCAGCUGCCCCGGCAUGGUGAAUGGCUUGGAACAUGACUCGCUGGGUGACGAAACCCCACGUGAACGUGAAACACAUGCUCAUGCAACUGAGCAUCCGUCCCCCUCGGGUGUGGAUGUCCCGAAGAUCGGAGAGUCUGUUCUGACAAACCUACACAUCUCUGAAAGCCAAGACCUGGACGACUUGCUUCAGAAGCCAAAAGUGAUUGCCAAGAGGCCCAUCAUGGCCUGGUUUAAAGAAACAAAUAAAAAUCCGCAGGGUGUGCACGUGCAGGGCAAGGCUGAGAAGGAGCAGUCCACGACGCCGGCCAGGAGUCCCGACUCCAAAAAUCAGCUGUGGAGCUCAAGCCACACGAAGGGGGUCACUGUGGUGCACGGCUCCCCGCAGCCGAAAACGAACCUGGAAAAUAAAGACCCAUGUAAGAAAAGUCCGGUGGAAACCCUGCUGAGUAGCUGUCCGAAACCCAAGUGCGGCCCUAAGCUGAAGAGGCUGAGCAUCAAGGGCAAAGGCAGAGUCAGCGCCGAGGCCCCCGCCACCAACACCGCGAAGGCUGGGGGACUGGACCCCAGGAAGCCCCUCACGUCACCCCAGGCCUCCCACAAAAUGCUCUCCAAGGGAGCGUCACAGCAGUUCCACCUGGCUGCCCACGAGGAACCCCACACAAACGCCGCAGCCAGCCCCAGGUCUCCCCAGUGCGCGCCGGAGAGCAAGCCGCCCCUCGCUGCCGCUGGGUCGCUGAAGCCCUCGGCGUCAGACACGAGCAUCAGGACGUUCAUUUCACCCCUGACCUCCCCCAAGACCCUUCCCGAGCAGGAUGCAUGCAGCAGGGCCCACACGGCUGUCCACUCAGAGCCUGACAGAGGCUGCCCAACUGCCCCCAGAUCUCCCAAGUGUGGACCAGAGGGCAGGGCGCCCCGUGCCGACUCGGAGCUGGGGAGCCCCGCGGCACCCAGGAGCAGCGUGUCCACGGCAGGCAGCAGGCAGGGCGAGCAGCGCCCACCCAGCCACGCAGCGUCGGCAUCAGACGCGGCCCAGCCCAGGCUGACUGGCGAGAAGGGAGGCAACACAACUGCUGGCGAUGCCCUAGAAAGAACAAACCAGCUGAAAAUAGUUGAGAUUGCUUCUGAAAGCGUGCCGAAGAAUGCGUGUGGUGACAAGCCGGCUCAGUGUGACAGGCAGGGGGGGUCCUCGGCCCAGUGCCACUGCCAGGAGAAGAGCGAAAUCAGACUCUGUCAGCAAUUGGUAGAAUCGUCCCCAAAUCAUCCGUCCUUACUCACCUCUCAUGCCCCCCAAGGAGAGCAAGAAAUGCAACGAUCGUUCAGCAUGGCGAAACUGGCUUCCUCCUCCUCCCCGCAGCUGCCUGCUAAAAAGGCAGAUUCCUCCCAGGGGAAAUCCAGCCAGUUGUCAGACUCCCUAGGAGUGCCCAAGAAUGGCGGAGCAGCGGGCCCCGGCGGGGAGGACCAUCCGUACUUCACACCAAGGCCAGCAACCAGGACCUACUCCAUGCCAGCCCAGUUCUUAAGCCACUUUGGACGGGAGGGUCAUUCUCCACAUAGCCCGGGUCGCUCUCCUCGGGACAGUCAGGCCCCUGUGACAGGCGGCAUUCUCCCCGAGGCAAAGGCAUGCAAAGGUGGCAUCCUGGGCCUGGUUAACGGACAGGGUGUAUAUAGUGUCAAGCCUCUGCAGGAAACCUCGAGGAACCUUCCGGCCACAGAUGAAGCGGAUGUCAUUUCAGUCCAAGGGACGAGCUGCCUAGUCACAGACAAAAUCAAGGUCACCAGAAGACAUUACUGCUAUGAACAAAACUGGCCCCACGAAUCUACCUCAUUUUUCUCUGUGAAGCAGCGGAUCAAGUCUUUUGAGAACCUGGCCCACUCUGACCGGCCUGCAGCCAAGUCCGUGGCGUCCCCUUUUCUGUCGGUGAGCUCCAAGCCUCCCAUUGGGAGACGGUCUUCGGGCAGCGUCACUUCUGGGAGCCUCAGCCACGCGGUGGACGCAGCAGCGAGGUCGCUGAGACGCAGCCUGAGUUCCUGCAGCGAAAGCCAAAGUGAAACCAGCGCCCUUCUCCCCCAGAUGGCCAAGUCCCCGUCCAGCAUGACGCUGACCGUCUCCCGACAGAAUCCGCCAGAGACCAGUAACAAGGGCCCUGGUUCCGACCAAAAGAAUUCCCUGGGUCCUUCAGGAAUUGCCACCCCAGCGGCGACCGCAGCCUCUCCCAACAAGAGGAACAAGCCCUCGGCGCGCCAUGCCCAGCCCUCGCCUGUGUCCCGCUCCAGGCUGCAGGAACUGAGAGCCUUGAGCAUGCCGGACCUCGACAAGCUCUGCAGCGAGGACUACUCUGCAGGGCCCAGCGCCAUGCUCUUCAAAACCGAGCUGGAGAUCGUCCCUAAGAGGGCGCCCGGCUCCCUGGCUGGAGGCCUGUCGUGUCCCGAGAAGGGCGGGAAUAGAGCCUGUCCAGGAGGAAGUGGCCCUAAGACGAAUGAGCCUGGGACACCCAGUCCAGCUGGUGAUACGGGUAAAACCGCCCAGGAUCUGCCUUUCGGAAAAAGCUGGUCAGUUAAUUUGGAUCAACUUCUAGUCUCGGCAGGGGAACAGCAAAGAUUACAGUCUGUUUUAUCAUCGGUGGGAUCAAAAUCUACUGUCCUAACUCUCAUUCAGGAAGCGAAAGCACAAUCAGAGAAUAAAGAAGAUGUUUGCUUCAUAGCGUUGACUAGAAAAGAAGGCUCGGUUCUGGGAUUCAGUGUGGCAGGAGGGGCAGACGUGGAGCCCAAAUCAGUCAUGGUCCACAGGGUGUUUUCUCAGGGGGCGGCUUCUCAGGAAGGGACCAUGAGCCGAGGGGAUUUCCUUCUGUCAGUCAAUGGCACCUCAUUGGCUGGUUUAGCCCACGGGGAUGUCCAGAAGGUUCUGCACCAGGCACAACUCCACAAAGAUGCCCUCGUGGUCAUCAGGAAAAGGACUGAUCAGCCCAGGCCCUCCGCCAGGCAGGAGCCUCCCACGGCCAAUGGGAAGAGCUCACUGUCCAGAAAGAUCAUCCCCCUGGAGCCUGCCAUUGGGAGAAGCGUGGCUGUACACGAUGCUCUGUGCGUUGAAGUGCUGAAGACCUCAGCUGGGCUGGGACUGAGUCUGGACGGAGGAAAAUCGUCUGUGUCUGGCGACGGGCCCCUGGUCAUUAAAAGAGUGUACAAAGGUGGUGCAGCUGAACAAGCUGGAAUAAUAGAAGCUGGAGAUGAAAUUCUUGCUAUUAAUGGGAAACCCUUGGUUGGGCUCAUGCACUUCGAUGCCUGGAAUAUUAUGAAGUCUGUUCCAGAAGGACCUGUGCAGUUAGUAAUUAGAAAGCAUAGGAAUUCUUCAUGAAUUUUAACAAGAAUCUCCUUUUAUCAUCAGUUCCCUGCUUUCUUCAGCAAAUCAGAAUGAAUUCUUUACACAGUGAGUUCUUGAAACAAACAUUGGUAUAGACAAGGACUAUAAAAAUCUCCAAGUUUACACUUACACAUGUAGCCUGACCUAUCGUAUGUGCAACAGCAAUGAAGUUGAACUCUGGAAGCCUCCUGCCUGCAUCACUCGGGCCAGGAGGAGUUCCUUUCGUUCCAGUGCCUGUCCCCCACCUUUUAUGUUUGCCGAUGGGGAUACAUGAUGUGACAUGCCCUUCUUCAUUUGAAAUAUUUAGCUAGACCUUUGCAUCCCUCUUGCCAGCUCUCCAAACUAUUCCUAAUCCUGGUGAUUAGGGAACUAACAAAGUCUGAGGGUAACACUAAUGUUACAGCUAAAAGGACUAUAGUUUUAUAUAAUUUUAUAAGUAUAUGACAGUGCUUUUAGGCACAUUCAAUAAAAGGAGGAGCUGUAGGUCUAUAUAUGUUACCCUGAAAAUAGAAUGAGAUUUAAAAUGAAUUAUGACCUAAUUGUUAGGCUAAGCUCAGGAAUUAUCUGAAAAUGAAAAAGCAAAAUACAGAAAGUAAUAUUUUUUGAGUGUAAUGUAUACAGAGUUCAACUCAAUGGGUUAUUGAUCACCAUGAUGCGUUGAUCAUUUCCUAUCUAUAAAAGUAUAAGUCAUAAGGCUGUUUUACGGAAUAGCACUUCUGAUAAACUGUACUAAAUAGCCGUGAGCUUUGCUGCUUACGAGGAGCAGAAAGUUCCAGAUCUGAAAGCACCUUACAUCUAGUUUUCAAAAGUGCUUGACUUCAAGACUAAUCACCACAAGAACAGGCAAAAAUAGCAGUCAUUGGAUUUCCAUUCUAUAUAUUAUGCACUCCAACCAUUAAAUUUUCAGAAAUCAAGUAUCUUUUUAAUUGUCCUUGUAUUUAUAAACGUAGGCAUUAUAUUUACAAUCCAAAUAGAGGAGCUUAAAAAAUAAUCCUUUUAGGGGACUUUGGUUUUUUCCUCUUUCCCAACAUGUUUAAGAAAUCUAAGCAUUGGAGAGCUUUUCUUGACCUGGUGUAAUGACAUAACUGCACUGACUGGAGUUUUUGCUGUUCUUGUUUUGCAAAUUCUUGCUUUUGCCAAAAAUGUUUUCCUGCAGAAGACUGUUGUGAGUCAUGCUGCUAGUGAAGCUCACCCUGGCUGCUGCUCCUUUCGAAGCGCGAUCUGCAUAGUAGCCAUUCUGUUCACUAUCACAAGGUGAACGAGGCUUUUCUUCCCUCGUACUGUACCUUAUAAAUCCCAACCCUCACCAGCUUUAUCAAAAUGUCAGGAGGAGGAAGAAGAAAACAGGGUGAGUGACUGUCGAGGUAAAGGAGCAGAACUAUGUAGUUACAACCGAAAUUUUCAGGUAGCACAGACCAACUUGCUGAGUCCUGGGAAUACGGGUGGAGAUUGCAUUUGUCAUACCUGCACACAUGAUUACACUAAGAUUUUAUGUUGGAGAUAUUUCUUUAAACCCACAGCUUGGGUCUAUGGCUGUGACCCCCAGAUCAUGCAGGUGCUUGAACCGUCACCCUUCUACAUCAUUUUCUGAGUGACCAAUCCCACUAAGCAUCUGUGGAGUCAGCCUAGAGAGAUCCCUCAGAUGGGACUGAAAUAUCUGGCUUGUCUGAGCCGAGAUUUCUCAUUUUUCAACAGGUUAUACAAAGGAGAAUGUAGUACAGCAGUUAGCUAGAAAGGUCUGAUUUAGCUUCUACUUUUCACUACAAUUACAGGUAGGAUACUAUAGGAAGUCAGUGCAAGGUGCAUGCUAGCUUGUUUUUUUAAGUCUCUACGGUCAGUUUCAUGGUUUAUGCUUUCUUGCCUAAAUGACAAGAGACUAUUUGAAGUCAACACUGAAAACCAUUUUUUGCCUCCACUCUUAUAGCUAUGCCUACUAAUAAGAAAUGCCCAGUUCUGUGUGAGCAGACAGGAAUUUCCAGAUCAAUGUGGAGCAAUGGAAUAAAUGGUCUCCUUCUGAGAGCCCUUGAUCCUCUUAUAAAGGGAGUAUAAGGGUAGACCUCUGGCUUACUAUACCUGUUAAAGUCAUCUGCCAUUUCUACUAGAUCUUGCCAGAAGGGUUCCCUGGCCACCAGUUGGAAUUUAAGGGGAAGAAGCAAAAGCUAAACUAUCUUUGACCCUGAGAUAGAAUGCUAUUUAUUUGUCUUCAGUGUUCAAGGCAUGACUAGUAUUUCUAAUUAAUCUAAUAAAUUCCCACACUUCCUGAAGUGAACACUAAUGGUAUUGUCCUACUAAAACUGUCAUUAUUGUUCUUUUUUUUUUUUUGUAAACUGGUCACUCAUUCACAAUAAGCUAUGGGGGUAAAUAUGUGUUCUAACAUGUAAAUCAUAGUUGCAAGAAUAUACCGUGAAGAUUGAAGUAGGCUGGGUUUCAUUUCCAUCCUCUCCCUCACAUCUCAUUGAAUUUGACGGUUGAUUCAGUUGGCACCACACCUGUUGUAUGAUAUUAUACAUUAUCCUUUAUUUAUGUAAAAUAAAAUGCCUUAUAUAUUAAAGAGUAAGUGCAAUAAUAAAAUAGCCUGUACAUUUUAAAAAAUGUCGCCAAGUUAUGUAAAUCCACAUCUCUGUAAACAACCUUUUUUAAGUAAUUUUAAAAAAAUAAACACUCUGCUUACUACUU